CACCAUUAUUUUUCUGAUCGUAUUUUGUUCUCAUUAAUCGAGACACACCCCACAUCACCUCCUCAAAACAAAGAGGAGAGAGAAAAUCAAACAAAAAAGAGGAACAUAGAAAGAGAGAGAGAAAUACACCUCUUACUUUCCUCAAAUUAUUCAUCCCCAAAAAAAUUUAUAAAUUAUUCUCAAAAAAAUUCAUUCUUUGUUUGAUUUAAUCAGGUUAAAUUUUCAUUUAGGAUCCAAACAAAAACCCAGCUACUACACCACCUUCUUCCUUUUUGAAAAGAAAAAAAAAAAAAACUGAUUUUUUUAACAAUUUUUUGUGUUUUUUGAAAGCUACUCUUCAACAAAACCACCAUUAAAGAUUACCCUUUUUCUUCAAUUUGAGCUCCAUUGAUGGAUCUUUAUUAACUACUCAAGCUCUUAGGUUCGAUUUUCAGAUUCUGGGUAACGCUGAUCUUUCUCUCUUUUUUCUUAAUUUGGUUGUAUUUCUAAAUUUGGAGCUCAAAUUUUUGUGGGUCUUUUUUUUUAAUAAUUGUUUUUCGAAUUGGGGAUUUUCUAAUUGUUGUGAUUGUGAAAUUGAACCCUAAUUUUUUGAAUUUGAAACGAAAAAAAAAGAGGGAGAUUAAGGUGGGUUAGGGUAGCUUUAAUUCAAAUUUCUUUCAUUCAGAUCUGACUUUUUCUUUACCAUAUUUUUCACCUUUUUGUUGAUUAAUUUGGUUGAAUUCUGGUAAUUUUAGCAACUUCUAGCUUUAUUGUUGUAUGUUCUGAUGUUAUAAAGAUCUGAUUUGUUCAUGGUUUAGCACUGUAUUUCUGUACAAUUUUUAUAUUUUCUUUUUAAAUUUUGGGUUUUUUGUGUGUGUUGUUUAGUAUGUUUGAUUUGUAGUCUUUAAUGGGGAUCUAUGAUCUUGGGGGUUCUUUAUGGGAUGUGGGUUUGAAGUGUUUUGAUUGAAUUUUACAUGAAAUUCAGUUGAAAAGUUCAUCAUGUUAAAGCAAAUUCUUAGCAAGAUUCCUAGGAAAUCCUUCAAAUCUGAUAAUGGGGAUCUUAUGUUGAACACCAAUAUGAAUGGUUCUGGCAAUGGCACUGCUCGGGCACAGAACGGCAAUGCUGCUCCGGGCAAAGCGAAUGCCACGAAGCGCACGUCGUCGGCUGUGUUCCCGACUAGUGUGGUUGCGGGGAUUGAGCCCCUUGUGUCUUUCAAGGAUGUUCCGAAUUCGGAGAAGAUGAACUUGUUCCUAAGUAAGUUGAAUCUUUGCUGUGUGACUUUCGACUUCUAUGACCCUAGUAAGAACACUUCAGAGAAGGACAUUAAGCGGCAAACACUGAUUGAACUCGUUGAUUUUGUUGCCUCGGGACCGCCUUCUAAGUUCCCCGAGCCUGCUAUCUUUGCUAUGAGUAGAAUGUGUUCUGUUAAUCUGUUUCGGGUCUUCCCACCGAAUUAUAGGUCUGGUGGAGGUGGUGCUGAGAAUGAUGAUGAUGAACCCAUGUUUGAUCCUUCUUGGACACACCUGCAGAUUGUGUAUGAUUUGUUGCUCAAGUUUAUUACUUCGCCAUCGCUUGAUGCAAAAGUAGCAAAGAAAUACAUAGACCACUCAUUCAUAGUGAAGCUGCUUGAUCUCUUCGAUUCCGAGGAUCCUAGGGAAAGAGAAUGUCUAAAGACUAUCCUGCAUAGGGUAUAUGGUAAAUUUAUGGUCCAUAGACCAUAUAUUCGGAAGGCAAUGAGCAAUAUAUUCUACCGGUUUGUGUUUGAGACCGAGAAACAUAAUGGUAUUGCAGAACUGUUGGAAAUCUUUGGGAGUGUUAUUAGUGGGUUUGCCUUGCCCUUGAAAGAGGAGCACAAGAUAUUUUUGUGGAGAGCUUUGAUUCCUCUGCAUAAACCAAAAUCUUUAGGUGUCUACUUUCAGCAGCUGUCUUACUGCAUUACACAGUUCAUAGAUAAGGAGCCGAAGCUAACGAGCACCGUGAUUAAAGGUUUGUUGAAGUACUGGCCAAUUACAAACAGCCAGAAGGAAGUGAUGUUCUUGGGUGAGUUGGAAGAAAUAUUAGAAUCUACCAACAUGCUUGAAUUUCAAAAGGUCAUGAUCCCAUUGUUUUCGCGGAUUGCGUGUUGUAUCAACAGCUAUCACUUUCAGGUGGCUGAAAGGGCACUGUUUCUAUGGAACAAUGAUCAAAUUCUCAACUUGAUUGGACACAACCGUGGAGUGAUCCUUCCUAUAAUCUUCCCAGCUCUGGAGAGGAAUGCUCAAAACCACUGGAACCAAGCAGUGCUCAACCUAACCUUGAACGUCAGAAAAAUCUUCCAGGAAAUGGAUGAGCCGCUCUUUAUUGAGUGUCAGAUGCAAUAUAGGGAGGAUGAGGCAAAACUGUCCUUGAUUGCAGAACAACGGAAAGUGAAUUGGGAGCGCCUAGAGGAUGCUGCUACCCGUCUACAGCCGAUAACAGGAAAUAUUGCUGUUAUGGUAACAACAUCUGCGCCUUCAGUUGCCUGUUAGUAUGUCGUAAACUUAAAUCUGUACUUUGUAGUUUGGUUCUCUUUCUACUUGUUUUUGACCCCAUGCUUUCUUCAUAUGGGGUUGGGAGUGUUGUCUAGUUUGGGGGGAGAACCAGAAGGAAUGUAUGAGAGGUGUAAAGGCCUAAUUUCGCUUGGGCAUUUUUUUUUAUACGGAUUGUCGAGUGAAUAGGUCUGUUGUUGUAACUUGUUUUUGAUCUUCUUGUGAUGCUUCUUUCGCUUUGAUGUCAUCUUCUGUAACUGAUUGGCUAAUUGGGUUUUGCUCCCCUGUCAAGUUAGUAGUAAGAAAGGGUUUGCCCAUUUCCUAGCAAUUGUAAAAAGCCUCUUUUGUUUCCAUGAAAUUUACAUGAUGGGUGAACCUCUCUCUAUUCCUA